GCUCUUCUAUAUACUCAAAGAAAGUAUAACAGCUCUUCAAAAUACAAUAGCAGUAGGUAGUACUCAACCCACAACUAACUACCAACCAAUGCAAUUACUUGCACUCCCAGUCUCAUUCUAAAUUGCUUGCUGCCUUUACCCCCAUUCACGUGAUGAUAGCUUUCCAGGGUCCCAUCAGUUGGUUGGCACAGUCGUCGUACCACCACCAUGAGACGCAACUCAAGAAGCUUCCCAGAAAAUACAAGACAACCCAGCACAAGCGAAGAACAUCAUUUCCUCUCCUCCCUCACGAAAUGAAGAACAUUCUGAGCAUGAACCUACAACCCUAAUUCCCUACCAAGACUAUCACUACACAAACACAAACACAAAAAUUCACAAAGAUGCGCAUAAGACUCCCAUUCGCAGGUACGUGAUUGACCUAUACUCCAAGCCCCACAUCCGAUCCAACCAUCUAUUCCAACCUAUACAAACAUCUUAAAAGGAGACGGAGACUAACCCACCCCCAAAGGAGCAUUCCUCUUUUUCGUCCUAGCAGCCGCCUACGGCGGCCUCUCCUCCUUCCAACUCACCUCCUUCCCCAUCGACGACAAAGUCCUCCACACCCUCACCUUCUUCAUCCUCACCACCUGCUUCUACUGGAUCCUCGACACCUCCCGUCGCCGCACCCUCAACCUCACCCUCAUAACCUGCACCGGCAUCCUCGGCGUGGGCUCCGAAUUCCUCCAGGGUUUCCUCCCUAAUGGCCGGGUCUUCGACUUAUUCGACAUCGUCGCGAACAUUCUGGGGUCCCUGGGUGCGCUGGCGCUGAGUAGCUGGUACCACACGCGGAUGUUGGACCGCAAGCGCUUGAGGAAGACGUAUCAGGUGGUGCCGGGGGAUGAGGAGCGCGAUUUGGAACUUGGGGAGGGUCUUGGGGUUGGGGCGCAGGAGAGCGGGACGACGGCGGGAGGUGGAGGGGCGUCCGUGACGGGGAGUCUGGAGAGGGAGGUGGAGAAUUGGGAUGAGAAUGCGGUGGAUAAUUGGGAGGAGGAGGAUCAACAUACGGGGACGGAUGAGGGGGAUGGACCGAAGACUCCGAGUGCAAGUUCGGCGGGUGAGGCGGAGGAGGCGAAGAAGAGGGGUGAUUGAGGGGGCGGGUGAUGAUGAGUGUUGUGAUGAGUGUAAUGAUAUGAAUGGGUUUUCUCUUCUUCCUUUUUUUAUCCGCGGCCUGCGAGUUUGGUGCUAGCGGGGUUGGGCGAAUGGAAUGCAAUGGACUGGACUGGACUGCAAUGAGUAGGACUAUGGCGGUUCUGGAUGUAUUAUGAAUCUGCUUCCAGAGUGAGGUUAUAAGAAUAUUGGUUUCUUGAAGAGAUGCAAUUCUUAAGAUAUCAUAACCAAGAACUUUGAGAAAGAGAUGGUUCCGUUACUCAGAUGUGAAAUUCUGCCGAGCUGUCUAGAAACCCAUAUCUACUAGACCUAAUCAGCGUUCGAACAAAC